AUGUCAAACAAAAUACUGUUUCAAUACAUUCUUUGGAAAGAUAAGACUUUCCAAAGAAGAACAGUGUACCUCCAACCCGUUACUAUUAAAAAACAAGAAGUAACCGUUUUCAAUACUGGGACUGGAACAGUAAUAAAUUAUGGGAAAUGUCAUACUGAACCAACAAAAAGUGGUUCAAGAAAACAUUCUGCAUUAACACACAUUUUUCUUAUUAUGUUUGACCAAUUUACUGUUCGUUGGGUACAUUAUAAGUUGAUUAAUAAAAGGUUAGAUGAACUUCUUGACAUUGACCCAUCAACAGACUGUAUUAAUGAAAAGACUCAAAACAUAGUUAAUGAAAACAAAAUUUGCAAUCACCAAACUCUCAUACAACAACUACCAAUAUGUUUAGAAGAUAAAAAACAUAUUGAUGUAUCAAAUUCAAAGUCACAUAGACCCUACAUUAAUUCUAAAGUAAAUCCAAAACUUGUUAUUACAGAUUUGUUUGAUAAAUCAUUUUGUGCUGGAAAUCAAUUUUCCGAAAGUAAAAUGUGUGAAGAAUAUUUAGAAGUCUUCAAUUUUGACCAAUUAUUCCUUGUUUGUUUCGUAUCACUUUUAUUCUUCUCUCACAACAAAUUUAACUAA